UGGAGUCGGGGCACUUACGCUGCCGCAGCGUAAGCGUGUUAUGCUUUUCGUGAUAAUUCGAGCCAUUUGUGGGUCUUGAAGGUCCUUUCCAACGUGUGCGCUUACGUUUGCAGCUCGCAACAACCUGGUCAUCGGCUAAGCGGAAAAGAACUCUCGUCGGAUAGCAAAGGCAUGAUUCUGCCUUCCUGUUAACUGCAUAACUCAGGGCUCUUCAAAUAUCCAGAAGUAGUAGAAAAAUGGCCACAUUCAAGGAGGCAGUGACGUUCAAGGACGUGGCUGUGGUCUUCACGGAGGAGGAGCUGGGGCUGCUGGACUCUGCCCAGAGGGAGCUGUACCGAGAUGUGAUGGUGGAGAACUUCAGGAACCUGCUGUCAGUGGGAGGCAAGAUCCAAACUGAGAUGGAGACUGUUCUAGAAGCAGGACCACAUGAAGAGUUGUCCUGCCAGCAAAUAUGGGAACAAAUUGCAGGUGACUUAACCAGGUCUCAAGACUCCAUGAUAAACAACUCUCAGUUCUCCAAACAAGGUGAUUUCCCCUGUGAGGUUAAGCCAGGACUGUCUAUAAUUGACAUAAAACAGAAACCUUUUCAGUGUAGUGAGUGUAAACAGUCUUUUAAUGAUGUCUCCAUCUUUGAGCUUCAUAAACAAUUAAACUCAAAAGAGAAGUCUCAUAUGCGCGAUGGGUGUGGAAAAAGCUUCUGUUAUAGCUCAGGUCUUCGUACUCAUCAGAGAGUCCACAGGGGAGAGAAACACUAUAAGUGUGAUGUGUGUGGUGAGGAAUUCAGUCAGAGCUCACAUCUGCAAACUCAUCAGAGAGUCCACACUGGAGAGAAACCAUUCAAAUGUGAGCAGUGUGGGAAAGGCUUCAGUCGUAGAUCAUCACUUAAUGUUCAUUGCAAAUUACACACUGGAGAGAAACCUUAUAAUUGUAAGGAAUGUGAAAGGGCCUUUGUUUACAGUUCACAGCUUCAGGAACAUCAGAGAAUCCAUACUGGGGAGAAACCAUUCCAAUGUGAUAUAUGUGGUAAGAACUUCCGCAUUAGGUCAAGACUUACUAGUCAUUCCAUGGUUCACAGAAAGAAACCAUUCAGAUGUGAUACAUGUGGUAAGAGCUUUCAUGAGAGAUCAGCACUUACUAGCCAUUGCAUGGUCCACAUAGGAGAGAAACCAUAUAAAUGUGAGCAGUGUGGAAAAGGUUUCAUUUGUAGGCAAGCUUUUUAUAAGCAUCAUAUGGUCCACACAGGAGAGAAACCAUAUAGUUGUAAAGAAUGUGGGAAGACCUUCAGAUGGUACUCAUGUUUUCUGAUCCAUCAACGAGUCCACAGUGGAGAAAAACCAUUCAAAUGUGAAGAGUGUGGGAAGGGAUUUUAUACAAAUUCACAUCGGUACGCCCAUCAGAGAACCCACAAUGGAGAACAGCCGUACAAAUGUGUGGAGUGUGGGAAUGGCUACAACAGGAGCUUGGAUCUUCAGUUUCACCAGAGGGUUCAUACAGGGGAGAGACCCUACAAGUGUAAGGAAUGUGGGAAGAGCUUUGGCUGGGCCUCAUAUCUUUUGAAACAUCAGAGACUUCACAGUGGGGAAAAACCAUUCAAAUGUGAAGAGUGUGGGAAGAAAUUUACUCAGAGUUCACAACUUCUUUCUCAUCAGACAGUGCACACUGGAGAAAAGCUAUACAAUUGUGAGGAGUGUGGGAAGGGCUACAACAGUAAGUUUAAUCUUGACAUGCACCAGAGGGUCCACAUGAGGGAGAGACCCUAUAAAUGUAAGCAGUGUGGCGAGAGCUUUUGCUGGGCAUCAAGUAUUUUAAGACAUAAGAGACUACACUGUAGAGGAAAACCAUUCAAGUGUGAGGAUUGUGGGAAGAGCUUUGUACACAGUUCCUGCCCUAAAGACCAAGAAACAGACCACAGUGUAGAAAAACUGUACAAAUGUGCAGACUGUAGAAGGCGCUACCAGAGGCGUUUGAAUCUUGAUAUGCUUUUAUCGUUAUUUUUAAAUGAUAUAUAAUUAUUGUACAUACUUGAUGGAUAAAAAUGUAAUAUCAAAGUACUGUAUAUACAUGCAUAAUGUAUCAUGAUCACUUCAGUGUAAUUAGCAUAUCCAUUCCCUCAAAUAUUUAUUUUUUUGUGUCAGGAAAUGUCAUAAUUUGCUCCUCUAGCUAUUUGAAAAUAAACACUAAAUUGUUAACUGUA